AGUACGCGGCAAAUGGCGGAGACGCUGAGGAGAGUGCUAAACUUGGGCAGCACGGCGGGCCCCGGGAAGAACACAGCUGAGGCCGAACCACCUUUGCUGCUGCUCGGCGGUCCAGGCUCUGGAAAGACAGCGCUGCUAUUCGCGGCGGCCCUGGAGGCGGCAGGGGAAGGCCGAGGCCCGGUCCUCUUCCUCACCCGGAGGCCUCUUCAAAGCCUGCCCCGCAGGACUGGACCGGCGCUCGAACCACUGCGAUUACAAAAGAUCCGCUUCCAAUACCCACCCUCAACCCGUGAGCUCCUCCGGUUUCUGUGCUCUGCCCAUGAGGCCCGUGGACCAGCCCCCUCACUCUUGCUGCUUGAUGGCCUGGAGGAGUACCUAGUAGAAGACCCUGGGUCCCAGGAAGCCGCCUACCUGGCUGCCCUGCUUCUGGACACAGCUGUCCACUUCAGCCACCGGGUUGGGCCUGGCCGGGGCUGUGGGCUCAUUGUGGCCCUCCAGACCCAGGAGGAAGGAGGUGACAGUGGAAAUGCUCUGCAGCUGGCACUCCUUCAGAGGUAUUUCCCUGCCCAGUGCUGGCUGCAGCCGGAUGCAGCAGGCCCAGGACAGUGCUGCCUCCGAGCCUCCCUGGAGCCAGGUGGGCUGGGCCCCAGGGAAGAAUGGUGGGUGACUUUUCAACCAGAUGGAGAGAUGACAGUCACCCGAUGGCCCACCCAGGCGGUUGACACCAGCUCGCACAAAGGUUCAAACUCUGGAGGCCAACCUUGAGCUUUGGAGUGUGACAACUUCUCCAUGCCUGUUUCCCUGUCUGGAACACCUACCUCAGUUCAGUUCAGUUCAGUCACUCAGUCGUGUCCAACUCUUUGCGACCCCAUGAACCGCAGUACACCAGGCCUCCUUGUUCAUCACCAACUCCCAGAGUUUACCCAAGACAGUUGCAAAUUCAAAGACCUUAAGAUCGUAAAGUGCUUUUUCUCUCGUAAAUAUACCAUUAUCCUGUAUAUAUUGUGCCCAGCCAAUAUAUUGUUUAAUUUUUCUGUUUUUAAUUUUAUAAAGAAGAAUUUCAUGAUAAAUGUAAUCUGAAACUUCCCUCUCAACACUGGUACUAAGAUUCCCCCACAUUUUCAUUCAUUCCUUUUUCCAUACUGCAUGUAAUUCCAUGAGUGACUAUACCCUAAAUUAGGUAUGAUCAGAUUGACUUAUUUACUACUAUUAACACUCAUACACAUAUCCUGGUCCAUGUGUGUGAGGGUUUUUAGGGUACAUAUCUAAAAGUGGAAUUGCUGGAAUAGAAGGUAUGCUUUCCUAGGUUAUGUCAAACUUUUAAAAAGCAGUUAAGCCAAAAACUUCCAAUGAGCCGCUUGAUUGACCUUUGGUGUCAUCAGAGUGCUUUCUUAGAACCAGAUUCGGAAUAAAGCCUUAGGAAUUAAUGUUAGUAUUAUUAGUGGCAGAGACUAGCUAGCUGCACGUUAAACAGCUCUUCUCGCUUGGGUGCACAGCUGAACUACAUUUCCCAGCUGUCCAUGGUUCUUACGGAAGUCACAUGCCCAUUUCUAGCCAGCAGAAUUUGUGAAGAAGAGGUGGCGCCCACCUCCAGGCUACAUCCCUAAAGUGGCCCACAAAAAUCUUCUGCUGUCUCUCUCUUGUUGGCUGGAAGGAUGCAAA